AUGGGCUCUGUUCGUUUCGAUUGCUCUCCUUUGGCGUACGUGGAUCCAAAUGUGGACACUGUGCAAGCCUUGUUGCAAUUGGAAUCUUUCUGCAAUGGAGACACAUCAGAGUGUUCGACGAGCCGUUUCACGUACAAUCUCGAUUUGAGCUUCGAGGAUGUCCUCCGUUGUCCCACUUCGCUUUGUUUGCGAAUACCGGCUGGUUUAUCCCACGUUUUCCCGAACGCUGAACCCUCACAAAACUUGGGUCGUCAAUUCUCCCGUCUCCUCCUUCAUGUCAUCGAUUAUGUGAGAGGAUUGGCUGAAGUCUCUCAAUUACCGCCAAAAGAGCAAGUGCUUUUCUGCAAACGGCAGCACCUCUUCGUUUCCCCUUUUCUUUUGUUCGCUUACACGUACAGGAUUGGCAAUCCGGGCAUGGUGGCCGGUUUAGGACAAGCCUUCAGUGCAGACAGUAGAGCUCUCAAAAAGUAUGAAAUUGGUGACUUUUUGGAGCGAAUGAUCAAUUUGGGGCAAAAUGAAGUGAUCCCCGCCUUCCGGGACACUCAAAUGGAUGAUGGGGAUUAUGUUCUGUUGAAGAAUAUCCUCAUUUUUCACUCGGCUCAUGGCCUCUCCGAGCCGAGCGCGGCGAUUGUGCGUGAAGCGCGAAAGAAAUACGAAUGGAUGCUGUCACGAAGAAUUCGUCAAAAGUCGAAGGAUGAUGUCGAAGCGAUCUACAAAAUCGCUAAGCUGAUGGGCGCUGUGAAAAAGUCUUGUGGUGAGCUU